AUGAGUGACUAUGAAGUGACACUCGUCAAUGAUAACAUGCAAGAAUUCUUUGUUAAGUUUAAGGGUCCGUCUGAGACACCGUUUGACGGAGGCGCAUGGAAGAUUCAUGUCGAGCUACCAGACCAGUACCCGUACAAGAGCCCAUCAAUUGGAUUUGUGAACAAAAUCUUCCAUCCGAAUAUCGACGAGCUUAGUGGUUCAGUGUGUUUAGAUGUAAUCAACCAGACAUGGAGCCCUAUGUUUGACAUGGUCAACAUUUUUGAAGUUUUCCUGCCGCAGUUGCUGCGAUAUCCCAACCCGACAGAUCCUCUUAAUGGUGAAGCCUCGGCAUUACUCCUUCGUGAGCCCAAGGCCUAUGAGAAGCGUGUCCAGGAGUAUGUUAAGUUGUAUGCAUCGGGCGAGGCGCUCAACAACACUGAUGACAAUUCUGAUAGCGACAUGGAAAUGAGCUCAGUGGGCUCGUUUGACUCGGACGACGAUGAAGCUGCUGGCCAAAUGGAAGUUUGA